AUGUCGCCCAAACGCAAGUUCUCCGAUGUCGACUCCCCCGCAAACUACUCGACGGAGAUGAUCUCCACAGACAACGCCCUUCCUCUCAAAUCCCGGAAUCUCGGUCGCAAUGCACACAGGCGGAAUUCUACCUGGAGAGUCAUGGGUGACAGCGCUGUGCCCUCAUCGCUUCCACUAGCAAAUAUGACCGACGCCGUGCGAGAAUUGAUCGAUCCGGACUUUCAUCCGGAACUCGAGCAAUUCCUGUUUGGUGACGAGUCGCCCCGGUUUCUCAAGCCGCUGUCGUCUCGUAUUGCUUCUGAAGAUGUGGAAUAUCUACGAUCGAAGGGUGCUCUGACUAUACCAGAACCGUCGCUGCGGAAAGAACUACUCAAAGCAUAUGUGCAAUGGGUGUAUAGCUCGUUGCCGGUAUUGGAUUUGCACAGUUUCCUAGAGGCUGUUGCUCAGAAUGAUCCAGAUGCCAAUAUAAGUCUGCUGCUUUUCCAAGCAGUUAUGUUCGCCGGCACUGCCUUUGUCGAUCUAAGACAUCUCCAAGAUGCUGGCUUUAAGACUAGAAGAGAAGCUCGAAAGGCUUUUUUUAAUAAUACACGGUUACUGUAUGUCUUUGACUACGAGGAUGACCGCAUCGCAAUCAUACAAUCUAUAUUACUAAUGACAUACUACUACGAAAAAGAGGAAACACUACAAAAAGAUAUCUGGCAUUGGGUUGGUGUGUGCUACACUCAAGCACAGUCAAUCGGAUUACAUCGUGACCCUUCCAAGUCCAACAUGACUGCUCAGACAAAGCGGCUGCGGAUCCGGCUUUGGUGGUGUCUAUAUUCUCGGGAUCGACUCAUUGCUCUUGCUUUGCGGCGGCCAACGCAAAUCAAUGAAGGUAUUUGCAACGUCCCUUUGGUCGCACUGACCGAUUUUGAUAUUCGACCAUAUGAUGAUACAGUCGACGAUAUCUUAUUGGAUUGCAGCUACACAGGGGAAACAUAUCUUCAGCGGCGGUUAGCCAUUAUAUUUAUUGAAACAGUCAAAUUGUGCCAAUGUCUGGGCCGAGUGCUUUUCGCGCAAUAUACGCCGUCAAACUGCGUUUCUGGAGUCACGAAAGAAACUACAAUCACUUUGGUGCCGCGACAAGCGUCCGAUGCGGAGCUGCAACGGUGUGGUCAGAAAUUAGAUGCUUGGCUAGGCAACCUUCCGGAGGAGGCAGUAUGUAUCACGACACGAGAAAGGAAGGAUCUCAAACUUGGAGAUGACGUCUUGCUACUUCACGCAUCAAUGCUGCAGAUGAUCUACCACGCUACAUGCACUGCACUAUACAGACCACGAGCGUCUUUAAAUAUCGCAAAUACGUUGACCAGCUCAAAGACAUCGACCAGCGCAGCUCAGAAGAAGAUCCGAGAUGCAGCAUCUGAAAUUGCAGAGACCGUUCAACGCUUACGAAAUUUUGGACUGACGCCAUAUUUGCCUACAUACGGAUUGACGGUUAUGAUACCGGCUGCAGUCGCGCACUUGACCGACCUGAAAUCAUCCAAUCCAGCAGUCAGAGACGAAAGCAAAUGGAAUUUUCGUUUGUGUAUCGAGAUUAUAAGCGACCUGCGAGACAUCUACCCAGCAGCUGACUAUGAGACUGCAUGUCUUGAAAAGGCGUUCCAGCUACAACAUGGACAGCAGCCAAUGUUGACAUCGGUGUAUGUUAUGCAGAACACUGUGGAUAGCCCUCAGGCGGCUCCUACGUUUGUCAAUGCAACGGAGCUAGAUCUGUCGAUACUCAGACAGAAACAUCAAGCCUCUCGGAUUAGUGAAAGCCCGACCUGGGAUAUGAAUUGGGAGCAGGACCCAGAUAUGCCUCACCGUGAUCGACAUAAUAGGGACAAUGACCUUUGGACUAUUGACCUUGAUAAUGAUAUGGAUUCUCAGCCUUUCCUGUCAAGGCAUGGCCCCGCUGUUGAUCACGCUGACAAUGGAAUCCCACCGCAUAUACUAAUGAUUCACGACGAUAACGAUAUGAUUGAACUCCAAAAAACGGGUAUAUCGCCAAUGAUAUCAAGCGAAGGCCAGACGAUGAUUACAGGAGAUCUGGAGAGAGACCUAGGCUUUAUAUAG